AUGGUAAGUACAAGAAUGUUAAAUUUGCAUUAUUUUUAGCUUCUUUUUGCAUUCCUCACAAUACUAUGUGUUAGUGCUAAGAAUCCUGCUUCAUCUACGCCCACAAAACUUUGUUUGAACCCAAAAUGUACAGGUAUGUUAACAAGAAGGUAUAAGAAAAUAUUGCUUUAGAUCUUGUUUAUACGACAACAGCGGCACGGAAGUACCAGGCUAAUCAUGAAAGGAUGUUGAACCUUGAGGUAGACACUCCGGUCAAAGUGUUCGGAUUCAAGUUCAGCAACAGAGAUGUUGUUCUAGCUGAGGUAUGUUAGUAUUUUUUGGGUAAUAUUUUAAUUUAGGUAAAUAACCGACUUGGAUGGGUGCAUCAAGGAUUUCUGAAUCUUGAGCCGUACUACUUUUUCCUUGAAUCUGCUUUGAAACAGAACACCAAGAUUUAUAAGGUGGAACAGAACGAAGAUGGUCGAGUUGACCAAGUUGUAGGUAUGUUAAAUAUUUUGUUCAAAAGUUAAAUUCAAAACUUAUUUAAUGUUGAGAAGUGAGUUUAUACAAGCCAUAAUUUUAGCCGAGAUCGAUGCCAAUCCUACGCUGUACAUAGAUUACAAGGUGGUUGCUGAAAGAGUUCAACUUAAACCAGAAGAGAUCCCAUUGCUACAGCAAGAAGAGCCUGCUAACAGUCACGGUCAUAGUCACAGUCAUGGCCAUAGUCACGGUGGACACAGUCAUGAUCAUCAUCACGAAACUGUUUCAACAACGUUGCCUCCCGUAUCGACAACUUUGACUCCAGUGUCUUCAACGCUGUCUGCAGAAUCGUUAACGGUGCCUCCAUUAGCGUCUACGGUGGCUCCUGCAGCUCAACUUUUGACUUCAGAAUCGUCAACGUUGCCUCCGGUAACGUCAACUUUGACUCCAGUUUCUUCAACGUUACCUACAGAAGCAUUAACAGUGCCCCCAGUAGCGUCGACAAUGCCUCCAGUGUCUUCAACUUUAAGUUCCGAAUCGUCUACUCUGACUUUAGAAUCGUCAACAUUACCUCCAGAAACAUCUACUUUGCCUACAGUAUCUUCAACUUUGUCUUCUGAAUCGUUAACUUUGCCUCCAGUAGCGUCGACGUUGUCACCUGUAUCUUCAAGUUUAAGUCCCGAAUCGUCACAAUUACUUCCAGAAGUAGCUGCUUUGCCUACAGCAUCUUCAACGUUGUCUUCAGCAUCGUCUACCGUGUCUCCCGCAUAUUCGACGUUGCCUCCAGUAUCUUCAACCAUGUCUUCUGAAGCAUCAAGCGUGCCCCCUGUGUAUUCCACGGUGCCUCCAGUGUCGUCAACAUUGUCUUCAGCAUCAUCGCCCGUGCCGCCAGUGUAUUCGGCAUUGCCUCCAGUGUAUUCAACGCUAUCUUUACCCUCAUCGACCGUGCCUCCAACAACGUCAACGCCGCCUCCAACAUCGACAACGUUGUCUUCAUCAGCCUUGCCUUCAACAUCUUCAACGGCACUACCAUUAUCAUCAACAGUGAUCCCCGUAGCUUCUAAGUUAUCAGCUACACCAACGGCAGUUCUAAGCGAAGUUAAUACUCUUUAUUUGGUUUUGACCUUCUUUGUUCUGUCGUCGGUCGUUUACCUUGUAGGUAAACUCUUGGAGGAUAAAGGUAAGACGAAGUAUCCGAUAUCUAUCUUUUUUUAGAAGCCCCAGACGCUCUGGAUAAAAGGAAGUUCUUUGAUGCUAUGACUAAAAUAAAGGAGCUGGAAGUGCUUAAUGAAAAGCUAAAGAAUCAGACACCGUCAUCUCAAGAGCUCGCUCAAGUCGAUAGUUAUCGACAGAAAAUAUUUGCUUUGGAAGAACAAGUACGUCAAUUGCAACAAAGAGUUGUGGAUCCAGCUGUACUCCAAGGAAAAGAUGCUCAGAUAACCACCUUCCAAGCCGAAAUUAAACGAUUGACUGAAGUUGUGAAUGAGAAGGAACAAAUGUAAGUUUCGAACAACAUAAAACAACUUUUUCAGUAUCAAAGAACUUGAUGGUGAGAGGAAUGCUUUUGAAGAAAAAGUUCAGCAAGUUGAUGAACAGAAGCACAUUGUUGAGAAGAAGCUUAACAAUAAGAUCGAACAUCUGCAAAGAGAUCUCACGGAAUCUGAAAACAAAUUGGAACAACUGGAGAUUAUUCUUCCAGAAAAGGAAAACACCAUUUCUACCCAAAUUGAACAGAUUACCAAAUUGUCAGCCGAAGUGAAGGAAUACAAACUGUACAACGAAGAGCUGUCUAAAAUGGUGGUCGAUUUGCAGGAGAAGCUCACAAAAGCCGAAGAAAGUGGCAGCAGCGUGAAGAGUGGCGAUGGAGAGAGUUGGUCUGACAUCGACAAGGCCGAAGUUGAAAAGGCUGAUCAAGAGCUAUCUGGAUCGGGAACAGUGGUUCUGGCGGAGUCUUCGUUAACAUCAUCAAUUGAUAAGAAGACGGAAACCAAACCCCACAGUGAAGAUGUUAGUGGUUUGGUGAAGGCAAAUGUGGAGAUCAACAAGUUGACUCAAGAAAAGAAGCAUUUAGAGUAAGUUUUUUAAACAUAUUACGCAUUUAAUUAUGACGUUUCAAGUUGUACGGAGGCUAUUUAUUUAACAUUUUUUUAGAAAUGCCAAAAAGUUGUUGGAGGAUAAGGUUCUUGUCCAAGAUAAACAGAUUGUCGAACUGAAUACUAAAAUCGACUCAUUGAACGAGGAACUGAAGGAAAAGAAGGCCGAAGUCAAGGAAAAACAUGCUGAAAUCAAGGAGAAGACGGCCGAACUCAAAGCAUUAACUGAAAAGAAUACUGAAAAUUACGGACGAGUUCUGGAGGCUAAUACCGAAGUGAAGGCUCUGGUUUUAGAAAAGUCUAGGAUCGAAAAUGUGAACAAGGAUCUGGAGCGAUCGAUAGCAGAAUUGGAGAAGAAGUUGAAGAGAGCGGAGGAAUACGAAGCCAAGCUGAAGAACAAGUUAUUCCAUGACGAGCGAGAUCACCAGAAGAAGGUCAAGACGUUGGAGGAGAAGUUGGCCAACAUGGCCAGUCUUCAAACAGUCAGCAACAAGUCACUGGAUCCAGGAAAUCUGUCAAUGGCGUCUAACGACUUGUUCCCCAAUGAAGUUCCGUCCCUUUGGUCUACAUUAGAACCCUACAACGCCAACACUUCGUUGGAUGAGUGAGUUUUAUUUUAGUUCUGUAUUAAUUAAGUGGUUAUUUAGUUAGUUGUAAAUCUAAGGCAGUUAUGAUUAUUUUUCUAAUCAAUGGAUGAUUAUAGAAGCGAGUCCAACUACGUGCCAGGCAGGUCGGAUCCCCGACGAAGAAGUCUACGCAUCGAUCACAACAUAAGCCCACGAUCAGGAGAAUCUGGAAACGGAAAUGAAAUCCGCCUUCCAAAGCCUGUGAUGCCUCGAGAGUCAGCACGUGAACGUUCGGAGCUACCAUCGAGGGGACUUCCUCAACGACGAAUGAGGUAUGGUUAUUGACAUGAGUUUAUUAAUUAUGUCGAAAUGCUUGCGAUGAAACUGAGAUAAACUAAUGUCAAAUAGUUUAAACGUUUUCUAUUGAUACAUAACUCCAAUAUUUUUUCAGGUCGAGGUCAGCUGGACGUUAUCCACGCGAUGCCUAUCCUAACACGCAACAGGUCCCAUCAGGAAGGUUGUCUGCAGGGCGUGUUGGAGGCCACAUUUCUCCCGCAACGUCUCUCUUCCACACAAAUUCACCAUACUACGGAGAACCAUCAGGAGCAAUGUUGCCUCGCCCUUCAUCUGGUGGAAGGUUACCAAAAGUACCUUCAAACCUAUCGAACUUGUACUACUCCUCAGACGGGUCACCUCCACCCAAUAUUGUACAAAGAGGUGGUGUGCCUCCGGUCAAAAACGUAAACCGACCAACAACGCUUCGAGGAGCUCUUAAGUUACACCCGCCGAAGCCACAAAAAUGA